CAUACUGUUGCAAGGCUAAUCACGGACUCAGUUAAAGGCGGUUGCUUUGAUGUUCGUUAGACCUUUCAAUAGAAGGAUUCUUUUCUCAAGGAAGUUACCCCAAACUAUCUUGUACCAUUACAUUAACGUGCCCAAACUAUAGCGGAGUACUCACUUAGUUCAUUUAAGCUACAAGAGUUCCCUGCUUCUGACAGUUGCUUCGGCGUGCGCCGGCCGGCAGCCAUGCUUCUCUUUGCUGGCUCCUACGAGCGCUUUAUCUUUGGCUUUUCUGCUUCGGCGGAUUGCUCAGAGCCCCAGGAUAUUGUAAAGCGCUACACAUUUGCGGCGCACAAGAAUGGUGUGAAGUGUUUGGUCGCUGCAGGGCCUUAUGUGGCCUCUGGCGGUGCCGAUGACCUCAUCCACCUAUACGACAUGAAGGCCGAGCGGGACCUAGGGGUGCUCAUGAACCCGGGGGACGGCGCCGUGCCCUGCCUGGAGUUCUACACGCCAGAGGGUCGCUCCUCCCCCAGCCACAUGCUGAGCGGCAGUGCGGACGGCGGCAUCAGCAUCUGGAGCUGCCGCGACUGGGAGCACCUCAAGGUGAUGCGCGGCCACAAGGGCAGUGUCAACAGCGUGGCGGUGCACCGCAGCGGCAAACUGGCGCUGUCCACGGCUAGGGACGGCGCCAUCCGCAUGUGGAACCUGACCAAGGGCCGCUGCACCUACACCGCCAAGCUGGACGCGGAGGCGGAGGUGGUGGCGUUCUCGCGCAGCGGGGAGGCGUACUCGCUCAUCUGCGGCAACAAGAUCUCCGUACACAGUACCGCCGGCGAGGGCGGCCUGCUGGCCAGCUACACCGCCCCCCGCCGCAUCACCUGCAGCCUGCCCGCUCCCAGCGAGCACCUGCGGCUGCUGGGGCUGGAGGAUGGCAGCGUGCGGGUGUGGGACGUGCGCGUGCGGGAGGCCGGCGGGCUGGUGGGGGGCUGGGAGCGGGCGCACGGCAGCAGGGUGCGGGGCAUGGCGGCCAUGCAGGAGGGCGACGGCCCGCUCCCCACCUCCCUGGCCACCGCCUCCAGCGACGGGACCAUCAAGCUGUGGGACACACGGCGGCUGGCAGGCAGCCUGGGCAGCGGCGGCGGCAGUCAGACAGGGUCGGAGGCGGUGGCGCCGGCGGUGUGUACGGCAGAGAUAUCCACUAACGCCCGGCUGACGUGUCUAGCAGCGGUGGAUCCGGCGGCCGCGGUGGCAGCGGCGGCAGCGAGGGUGAAGCCGGCGACAGCGGGGGCAGCGGCAAAGCAGGAGGCAGCGAGGGGGAAGGCGGAGGUGGAGAAGGGAAAGAAGAGGAGUGCGGCGGGGGGAGGGGAGGCUGGCGGGAAGGGGAAGCAGCAGCUGCGGCGGCCGGAUGAGGGUGCGGGCAAGGGGAAGCAGGCGCCUCCGCAACAGCAGCAGAAGCAAAAGCAGCAGCAGCAACACCCGCAGCAGCAGCAGCGGAAGCAGCAAGCCGCGGCAAAUCGUGGACCCGUGGGCCGUGACGGCCGCGGCAAGGGCGGCGGCCGUGGCGACGAUGAUCCGGGUUUUGAGGUCGUACCUGCACCGCAGUACGACAACGCGCAGGAGUACGGCAGCGGCAAUCGUGAUGAUGCAGAGAAGAAGCCGGGUGCGCGGCGACAGGAGCAGGGUGUGGCAAAGGGGCAGAGGAGAGGCCUCAAGCGUACGGCA